AUGAUGUUUUACUUGAAAACAGCAGAACGUGAUGUGCGUGGAUACGGAACUGCGCUCUUUGAAAUCGGCACCAAGUUUGAGCCCCACAAAUUACUUAGCGUCAGCCCGAGCUCGAUAACGCUGAGCACAGCUGAUUUCAAGGAUGAGGAGAGCUUCCGCUUCCGAUGGGCGGAGAUUCGCUCAGCCGCGCAAGUCGACAAGAAAAUAACAAUUAAACUUCGGAGCGGGCGGGAGAAGAGCCUCACUGCGAAGAAUUCUUCCGAAGCGAAACGAGUGGUUGACUUAAUCCAGAAUUAUAAGCUCUUAUCAGUGAUGAUGGAGGCGCCUCCGUCUCCUCAGGUGGAGCGGCUCAAGAUCGUAGCCGACGAAGAGGAAAAAUCAAAGAUCUUCAAACGAGAAGAAAUUUCUCAAACAAAAAGGCACUUUCAAGUGCAGAAUAAUCUCAUCUCCGAGCUUGAAGAAGACCGGAAAAACUUGAGCGAUAAGUUGGACAGAAUGCAAAAUGAAAAGGAUAUUUACGAAGGUGAGAUCGUUCGACUACGUGAAAACAUCCAGCGAAUCGAUCGCGAAGCUACUCGGACACUCAGUCAGUAUCGAAUUCUCCGAGAGAUGAUUCCAAAGGCUGACCCUAACGAUCUCGCCCGUCGGGUUGAACGAUAUGAAUCGUUGAAGAAGCUAGAAGGUAAACAUGAACGUUCUAACUCUCAAUCCAUCGAAAAGAAACCAGUUGUCUACCAGUCAAUGACCAGAGAUCGAAUUCGCCGAGGAAAUACGAUUCUUCUCCUGAAGUCGCUCGAAGAACAGUUUCAGAAAUAA